AGGGGGAGCGCGGAGCGAGGGAGGGAUGAAGGAGGAGGGCAAUGUGUGGAGACGUAAGGAGGAGAAAAAGCUAGUAAACCUGACAAAGCGUCUGCGUAAAACACUGCGAGGAGUGUCGGCGAAGAGAAGAGGACACACGCUGAUGGAUUUUAACACAUUUUGCAUCGGACAUCUGUAUUAUCGUACCUCUUAAUCUCUCGUCCACCCUCGUUCGGACUUUCUUUUGAGUUGUCAAGUGCACAGCUGGAUUUUUGUUGCGCCCUGGAAGAAGAAACUUGGUGACGAGGACGAAAGUUUCGGGGCUUACUUCACUGUGCCUUUUUUUUAAAACCCCACUUUCACGGAUAAAACGCGUUAAAGCGGGAUUUCUUUGCAUGGCAGCGGACUGCUCUGCGAGUCAGACUUGGAAUAUAUGCUGUGAUUUCAUCGGAGUGUGGAUUAGUUAACUCCAAACAGAUUUUCUUUUCGGAGCGUUGAGGAGUUGGGAGACAUUCCUCAGUCUGGAUCGAGCCCAUGUUCUGUCCUCCUUUAUUCGUGCAUGCCAAAACACAACUACACGAUUUUACUCCACUCUGCCCAGGCGAUCGGGUGAAUUCCAGUGCGUGACAGUCCGACCCGGCAGCAGUUGAUGGUUGGGGAGACCCCCUCAGAUGGGAUCAGUGUCCAGGGGGCGGCGGAGAAGGGGGGUAUGGGGAGCUCUGGCCCCCUCUAACGGGAUGGCCUCGUGGGUCUGGCUGCUGGCUGCUGUCCUGCUCUCCCUGUUAACUGUCAGCGUGGCUCGGCCGCCCAUUACUACCACUAAGGAAGAGGAGACCACUUUGGAACCUGAAGAAGCAUCGAAUAAAUACCAAAUUUCUAAGCCCACGUUGUGCUCCGUGCACCCGGGGGAGGUGUUGAAGCUGAGCUGCCCACUGCCGGCAACGGGGACCAUCACCUGGACCAAAGAUGGCAGCUCUCUGGGCACCAACAACCGCACUCUGAUAGAACAGGAGGUGCUGCAGAUCCGUGAUGCCACACCUAAGGAUUCGGGGCUGUAUGCUUGCACCAGUGUGGGCAAAGACACGGUCUGCUUCAUAGUCAAUGUAACAGAUGCCAUCUCGUCGGGGGAUGAUGAGGACGAUACAGAGCGAACAGAAGAUGCAGGGGCGGAAGGAGAACAACUAAGGGCCCCAUACUGGACCUCGGCUGCAAAGAUGGAGAAGAAGCUGCAUGCAGUACCAGCUGCCAACACAGUCAAGUUCCGCUGUGCUGCAGGGGGCAACCCCCGGCCCAAGCUGAGUUGGCUCAAAAACAGCAGGCCAUUCCGUCAAGAGGACCGCAUGGGAGGUUAUAAGGUACGAAGUCAGCACUGGACCCUUAUUAUGGAGAGUGUGGUUCCAUCAGACAAAGGCAACUACACUUGUUUGGUGGAGAAUGAGUUUGGAUCCAUUAGCCACACCUACACCCUGGAUGUUGUGGAACGGUCUCCUCACCGACCCAUUCUCCAAGCUGGCCUGCCUGCCAACACGUCCGUCUAUGUCGGGGAAGACGCCCGCUUUGUCUGCAAAGUGUACAGUGACGCCCAACCUCAUAUCCAGUGGCUGAAGCACAUAACUCAAAAUGGCAGUCGUUACGGUCCCGAUGGGCACCCUUAUGUCAAAGUGCUAAAGCGUUCAGGCAUUAACAGCUCCGACGUGGAGGUGCUCACCCUCACCAACGUGACGCAGGAUGAUGCUGGAGAGUAUAUCUGUAAAGUCUCCAAUUAUAUAGGGGAAGCCAACCAGUCAGGCUGGCUGACUGUCAUGCCAGCGGCAGAGAAAAAUGUGGAGCCCCUUUCUCCCGAUUAUGUGGAGAUCGCCAUUUACUGCGCCGGCGUCUUUCUCAUCGCCUGCAUGGUCGGCAUCGUGGUGGUUUGCCGCAUGAGGAACACAGCCAAGAAACCGGAUUUUAGUGGCCAACCUGCAGUUCACAAAUUGAGCAAACAGAUCCCUCUGCGCCGCCAGGUAACAGUGUCAGCUGAUUCCAGUUCAUCAAUGAAUUCCAAUACGCCGCUAGUAAGAAUCACCACUCGGCGGAGUUCCGCGCACGAUGACCCAAUUCCUGAAUACGACCUUCCUGAGGAUCCACGGUGGGAGUUUGCAAGGGACAGGUUGACCCUGGGCAAACCCCUGGGUGAGGGCUGCUUCGGCCAAGUUGUAAUGGCAGAAGCUCUUGGCAUCGAUAAAGACAAACCCAAAGAGGCUGUAACUGUCGCUGUCAAAAUGCUGAAAGAUGACGCCACCGAAAAGGACCUGUCUGACCUGGUGUCAGAAAUGGAAAUGAUGAAAAUGAUCGGCAAGCAUAAGAACAUCAUUAAUCUGUUGGGGGCCUGCACACAAGAUGGGCCUCUGUAUGUGAUCGUGGAGUAUGCCUCCAAAGGUAAUCUAAGGGAGUACCUCCGAGCCCGCCGGCCUCCUGGAAUGGAGUACUCCUACGACAUUGCCCGCGUGUCUGACGAACAGCUCACGUUCAAAGAUCUGGUCUCAUGCACUUACCAAGUGGCACGGGGCAUGGAGUACCUCGCAUCCCAAAAAUGUAUACACAGAGACCUGGCAGCCAGGAAUGUCCUGGUCACAGAAAGCAACGUCAUGAAGAUCGCAGACUUCGGUUUGGCCCGCGAUGUCCAUAACAUCGACUACUAUAAAAAGACGACCAAUGGUCGGCUUCCUGUGAAGUGGAUGGCUCCCGAAGCGCUUUUUGACCGGGUCUACACGCACCAGAGUGAUGUAUGGUCAUUUGGGGUGCUCAUGUGGGAGAUCUUCACCCUAGGCGGCUCCCCAUACCCCGGCAUUCCUGUCGAAGAACUCUUCAAGCUGCUUAAAGAGGGCCAUCGCAUGGAUAAACCUGGCAACUGCACCAACGAGCUCUAUAUGAUGAUGAAAGACUGCUGGCACGCCAUAUCAUCCCAUAGACCAACCUUCAAGCAGCUUGUCGAGGAUCUGGAUCGCAUUCUUACCCUCAGCACCAAUGAGGAGUAUCUGGACCUGUGCUCCCCCACAGAGCAGUAUUCUCCGAUCUUCCCCGACACUCGCAGCUCCUGUUCUUCCGGCGACGACUCCGUGUUCUCACACGAGCCCUUACCGGACGAACCGUGUCUCCCCAAAUAUCAGCACAUCAAUGGCAAUGUUAAAACAUGAGCUCCCGUCUGCGCUCUUUACUGAAACUCCCAAAAGAUCACUCAGCAAAGACACCUGCCUUGAUAUUCUCCCACCAUUCUGGCCCGCCCUGUUUGUUUUUUCCACUCUCUAGCUUCCAGCUGGUUUAUGGACCCCUUUGGGACCAAGCUGGCAGCAGCGCUGUUGCACUGCCUUUUGCAUGCACUACAUCCUAGAUGCCAUCAAGUCUUAAAAAGAGCAAACGGACCCGACACAAGCUGAGCUUUUACCAGACUGGAUGAACUGACAUUCUCAAGGGUCCCUAUUUUUCGUUUUUCAUAUUAACAGAGACUUUAUAUAUAUAUAUAUAUACAUAUAUAUAAAUAUCAGUUUGGAAUGUAAAGUGUUUUGGAGACCUCAUUCCAGUGGCUGGCAUUCCAAGACUUUUAAUUGCUCCUGGAGGAAUGUAUGGACCAAUAUAAACUGAAAGAAGAGGACUUAAAAUAGGAAAAGGACUAAAGAGACAAAGCUUCGACUAACAAAACCAUGGAAGAGGAGAGUGCACGUAGAAACUACUUUCCUGCUUAUUUUGUAAUAUUGAUGCCUUUCUUUUUCACUUAUUCUAGAAAGAAAAAAAAUACACAGUAUAUUGUGUAGUCCUGGGUAUAUUUUGUAAAUAUCUUCAAAUAUGUAUAAAUAUAUAUUAUAUAUUUACAAUGAAUUAUUUUUUUGUAUGGACUCAAAAAUAAAAAAGGUACUUACCCCACCGAACACCACUCCCUUCCACCCAACUUGGAGUAAUAGGCAGGUUUGCACACAGUUUACACACACAAUACACACACAUACACAGACUUAAAAGCCUGUCUCACACUCACUCAGUAACACAUGGUUAAGUUUUGGGCUUUCAGGGACUGAGGUAGCAUGUUAAUUUAUUGACUUGUGAUGUUUGUAUGAAUUAGUAAAUCGGGAGAAAGAACAAAAUCAAUAUGAUGUUAUUAAUAAUGAACAUAAUGUCUAAAUAAUCCUGGAAAUGUAUGGUAAUUUAAAAAUGAUCUCUGCAGUAACGGGAAAAAAUGGCUUAUUUUUAGUAGGUUUUGACAGAAACGUGUUUUCUAAGUUUUAUAUAUAUAUGAAUGUGAAUAUUAAGUUAAAUUUUGGAAAUUUGUACAUUUUAUAGCAAGCUAAUUCCUUUUUUAUGUAGACCUUGAUGGCAUUCUCUAUCCAGACCGUUAACCCUUUGUUAGCUUCAUGUUGGGAAAUGGUUCAACAGGUCCAGAGUUCAAGACACUAAUCACCUGCUGCCUCUUUUAUAUGAAACCUAGAAUUUCAACUUAACAUGACACAAUCGAACAAUAGAGUAUGAAAUCAUUCAAGUGGUUUUAUUUUCUACUGGACCAACGUUAAGCUGUUCCGUUGCAGAUGUUCUUGUCACAUUUGCAAAUAAAUAAUUGAAACCACAUAUAUUUUGUUUCUUGUUAUUUUGGAAGGUGGGUUUAUUUCUUUGUACCUAUUAGACGUAUUGUAGUUCGUGUAAUAAAACAUGGUUUUGGCUGUUGUAAAUUAUGUCGCUUUUGGACAGCUGGAACAUUUUUUUGGAUAGAGAAACGUUGAAUCUAGCAUAGUUUCU